GCCCUGACGCCGCUUUUCCCCCACCCACAGGGACCCGCCGCCGACCUCGCCAUGGGCAAAGGCGACCCUAACAAGCCGCGGGGCAAGAUGUCCUCGUACGCUUACUUCGUACAGACUUGCCGAGAGGAGCACAAGAAAAAGCACCCGGACUCGUCCGUCAACUUUGCUGAGUUCUCGCGGAAGUGCUCGGAGCGAUGGAAGACUAUGUCUAGCAAGGAAAAAGGAAAGUUUGAAGAAAUGGCUAAAGGAGACAAAGCUCGUUAUGACAGGGAGAUGAAAAACUAUGUUCCUCCCAAAGGCGAGAAGAAAGGGAAGAAAAAGGACCCCAAUGCUCCUAAAAGACCACCAUCUGCAUUUUUCCUUUUCUGUUCUGAACACCGUCCAAAAAUCAAAAAUGAUCAUCCUGGCUUAUCUAUUGGAGAUACAGCAAAGAAAUUAGGUGAAAUGUGGUCUGAACAGUCGGCCAAAGACAAACAGCCAUAUGAACAGAAGGCUGCAAAGCUAAAGGAGAAAUAUGAGAAGGACAUAGCAGCAUAUCGUGCCAAGAGCAAGAGUGACACAGGGAAAAAGGGCCCAGGUAGGCCCGCAGGAUCUAAGAAGAAAGCAGAACCAGAAGAGGAGGAAGAGGAGGAAGAGGAUGAGGAAGAUGAAGAAGAAGAGGAGGAGGAAGAGGAAUAAAUGAAUGUCCUGCUGUAAAGAUUUAUGCUCAAAAUCCAAUAUUUUACUAAGAAUGUGAACUCAAGUGCAGCUCAUUGUUAGCCUCAGUAUAAAAAUCUGUACAGAACUGUGUAUAGGUAAUGUGGUUCUUUGUAGGGAGACCUCUGUUUUUAAAGUUAAGUGGUAGCUGUGGGCUGCUACAGUUAAGUUUAA